AUGGACAGCUCCUAUAUUUAUACUGAAAAUGAAGACAAAAAAUCUGUUGAACCAUUAUCUUUUAUUUUGGGUUCUAGUUUCCCAGGAUUUGUUCACCGUAUUAUUAAAUCCCAAACCAACUAUUAUGAAAAAGGAAGCAAAGAUAAUCGUUAUUCAAAUUUCUAUUAUCCACUACACAAGAUUAGUACGGAUGAUCCCAAAGGUUGUGGCUAUGAACUCCCGCCAAUUAAAAGUGAUGUCAUUUAUGUAUAUAAUAACUAUAAUUACACCUCUAGUACAUCAUGUACCAGUCUAAGUGAUACUUCAAUUUUUCAAUAUGGCAAAAAAUCUACUUUUAGAAACGCCAUUAUGAAUGGUUCUGAAAAUAGUGAUGAUAAUAUAAACUUUAAUAAUUUUAAUAAUUUUAAUAAUUACGGCUAUAAUCACUACCCCAUUCAAGGUGCAACAUCAGUUCCAACAUCAAUGAUAUCAGCACCAGUUGCCACACCAAUGGUAUCACCAGCACCAAUGGCAACAUCUGGAAUAAUGGCAUCACUAGUAACAUCUGCACCAAUGAUACCAUCACCAGGCCCUAUGGUUUUACCUGCCCCAAUCGUAACUUAUUCACCAAUGGUACCACCACCAAUGGUAUCAUCUGCACCAAUGGUAUCACCAGGCCCAAUCGUAACAUAUUCACCAAUGGUAUCAUCUGCACCAAUGGAAACAUCCGCACUAAUUCUCGCCUCAACACCGUUUACAACUCCUCCAUCAAUGGUAUCACCAGCACCAAGAGUAACAUAUGCACCAAUGGCGACAUAUACACCAAUGGAAAGUUCCACACCGAUGGUAGCUUCAACACCGUUUACAGCUCCCCCAUCAAUGGUAACAUCAUUAACUCUUCCAAUGAUUCCCCCAGCUUACCCAGCUAUUUAUAAACAUUUUUUUGAUUGUGCACCAACAACUAGCCAGGCCGGGGUGACUAUUUUGUUGAAUUGCGAUGAUGAGUGUUCCCCAGUUAAAAAAUGUUCCCGUAAAAGAUCAAAGGAUUUUGCUUUUUCACAAUUCCAUCAAUAUGAUUUCAUAGAAGUGAUUAAUGACGGGAAUCAUGGCUCCAUUCACAAAACCAAGGCAAAAAAGCAUCCAAAGAUAGAAAUUCACAGAGAACCAGGUUGCUCUUCAUGUCUAAGUCGGUUUUCUGUUGCUUGGAGAAAGAGUAAAAAAAUCAAAUGUAAGAUUACAUCCAAGCCCCUUUAUCUUUGCAAUGCUUGUGGCAUAGCUGAAUUUGUCAAAAUUAAAUCAGAAAAUGAAGCAGCAUCAAAAUCAAAAUUAUAA